AUGAGCAACGCGAAGCAGACCACCGGGGCCGCCAGCGGCAGCGCGGAGGAGACCAAGCAGGACAAGGCGAUCAUCAAGGUCGAGGACGAGUGCAGGAGCAUCCUCAAGCGCUGCCGCCAGCUCAUGGCGCAACAAAAGUUCAGCGAGGCAUACUUCCUCGCGGACGAGGUGAUCAUCAAGGCGUAUGAGAACAAGCUGCCGGGUCUGAAGCGUGAGGGGCAACUCGUCCAGGCGGAUUGCAGGCAGGAGUCGGAGGACGGUGCGGAGAAGCCGCUGCCACGGGCGUAG